CAAAAGUCAAUAGCCGGACCCAGAGGCGCGAUGCUUGCCACAGUCGGCUUACUUGCUACUUAACAUGUAGGUCAAAGCGGCGACGAUUAAGAAGAUUUCAAGUCUACAUCUUUCCAUCCCUGUUUCCUCAAGAAGAACAUUUUCCUGAUAAGCCUUCUUUCUUUAACCAAAUAUCUAGUUCAUAACAUUUGUUCCCCUUUCUAAUCUAUCGCUUUCAAGAUUCUGCGAAACACGAGAUUUGAGACGUUCUUCUACGUCUCUGAAAUGAGUCCAGGCGCACAGUCAAAUUGCGUCCUGCUGCUGGACUUGCCACCGUCCGCAUUGGGGGGAAUUGAUCUGCUCUCUUUUACAACGGCUCCUCGGUUCCAUGGCGUGAAGAAUCUUCCUCCAGGACUGCACUUCGUCUUCGCGGCCAGUGAUGCAUCACUCGCUGUUCGCCAUGGUGCUUGGUUCUAUGUCUCUCCGUCAAUAGGAGCACCGCAAGUGUUUAUCAAGAAAUGGGACCCGACAAAGGAGGAACUUGUUGCCGAGGCUUCGCAGACUGAAGUUAUGCGCUGGAGAGCGAAUCUUGGUGGUAUAUGGAAAGAAGGACUUACCCCAUAUCGACAGGCUGUUCAACCUACAGACUUAGGGAACGAGGAGGAGGCGUUUGAGGAAUCUAUGGAUUGGAGUCUGCUGACUUCCCGGAUCAGCCAGACAUUGCUAUCACGUAUCACAGGCUUGAAUCCCGACCACUGGAGCCUCACUUCUAGUUCAUCCGCAGUGCAAGAUUUGGAACAUAUUCCUGGUCUUGAUAUGGGCAUCAACGGAAUGCAACCAGACAAGGAGUUGCGCCUCCUACCAAUCGAUCUAAAGCGGACAUGGAGAGAAGGCGCAACGGGAGAAGAGCUGACAAAGGCUGCUCAAGACCGGUCUUGGGCGCUGGGGGAACUCGUCGAAAAGCACUGUCAGGGGAAUGGUAUUCGGACGCGUGAGUGGGAAAUCCUUGGUGAACUCCAGUUUACCUUCUUGAUGGUUUUAACUCUUAACAACAACUCCUGUCUGGAACAGUGGAAGAGGAUCCUCGGGCUGCUAUUUACGUGUCGCCAAGCUGUCAAAGAGCGUACCCACCUCUUCCUCGAAUUGCUUAACAUUCUGCGACUACAGCUGAGCCACUGCGCAGAUAUGGAGGCUGGUAUGUUUGACGUAAAUGAGAAUGGUGGGGGUUUCCUGAAACCAAUGCUACGCAAGUUCAGGAGAAGUCUUGUGGAAUCUGAUGGGAAGUGGAAAGUGGAUAUUCUAGACGAACUCGACGACCUGCAAGAGUACCUCAAGGAAGAAUUCGGAUGGGAAUUCGAUGAUAACUUUGUAAAACGUGGGAUGCUUGACCUGGAAGACGGCGAACGGGUGGAGAUGGAUGUGGCCGGGGUUGAUGAAGAGGAAGAGACGGGCGAAUAUGCUCCGACUGUUGUCGAAUUAACACCUGGGCAGAUGAAGGAACUGGAGCAAAACGAUAUCGGCUAUGGAGCGGGUAAUCAUGUGCCGUCGGAUGAAGAGGAGGACGCCGAUCUCGAGGAUAUGGAUACGCGAUACUGACUAGGUCGUGCGUUACCGGUGAGUCAAAUUCGAAAUGGUGGCUCGUUCUCCUCUCGUUUACCGGUUCGGAGUUCCCUUAUGUCCAGUCUUCGAGACACCAAAGGUGUCUGCACUCUGGCAAUUGCUCACCAGUCUCAGAUGCAGCACACCUGGGUUUUCAACGUUCCCAACAAUCGCAUCUGGGGUGUUCACGGGCAGACAAGGUUCAUGUGAAUGCCUGGGAGAGUCUGGUUCCGCGAAAUCCAAGCGCCACCCAGCGCCAUGUUUCAAAAAUAGACAAGCGGGUAAGCUGCAGGGGAAAGGCGAAUCACUUUGCUUGCUCGACAGACCCGACGACUCGC